GACUGCGUCCAAAUUUGAAUGAAAUUUCCGAAAAUCUUCUCACCCUAUCCGAAAAAACUGCUGAUUUUAUACUCAUAAAUAAUUUAGAUAAUUUAUCUGAUUUUUUAGAUAAGUUAUUUAAUGAUUUUGCCGAUUCAACAAACAAUGGACUAGAACUUUCGCAAAUUUCUAAAAGAAUAAGAAAUUUUAUUAAUGGAGAAAACCGAGAACCGCAAAAUACAUUUAAUUCUCUAUAUGAUAGAGAAAAUAAUAACAAUUCGGAAUGGCUAUGCCUUCUUGGAUUUUUUUAUUUAGAAGGAAUCGGAACUGAAAAAAAAUCAAAUAACUGCACGAAUGGUUAUGGGACUGAAAAAAAUUCAGCAACCGCUAAAUUAUUGUAUAAAGAUAUAAGGGAUGAAUGUGCAAGAGCAGCUAAUUCUUUAGGGCUUUGUUAUUUAAAAGGAAUAAGAUAUAAAGGAUAUAAAGCUAAAAAAAAGGCGAUUGAAUAUUUUGGAGAAUCAUACAAAAAGGGCUGUAUUUCUGCAUGUAAUAACUUGGGAAACUGUUACCAGUUUGGAAGAGGGACCAAAAAAGACGAAAAAACAGCAUUUCAAUAUUAUUUAAAGGCCGCUGAAAAUGGCAUUAUAGUAGCUCAAUACAAUACUGCAGAAUGUUUUAGAAAAGGAAGAGGGACAGCAAAGAAUUUAGAUUCUGCAAUAGAAUGGUACAAUAAAUCAGCAGAAAAUGGUCACAAGAAUGCUAAUAAUAAACUAAAUAGCAUUAAUAGGAGCCAAAGAAUAGAUCAAAUUUUCUCUCAA